UAUCAAUUCACUCAAACAGAGCAAAUUAUAUUAACAUACAUAAUCACAUACUAUUGAUUUUGGUUUAUCAAAAAAAAAAUACUGUUGUUUUUGCCACUCAUUCAUAUUAGAUUAACAAAUUCAAAAAAUGACAUUCAAUUACAAUCUCUUCAUAAUUUCUUUUGUUAUUUUUCUUAGCGAAUCAAAUAUUGUGAAUUGCAAAGAAAGUGUUGAAGUUGAACCCAUUCUUGACAUUGCUUCAUUAAAUAGGUAUAGUUUCCCACAAGGCUUUAUCUUUGGAGCAGGUUCCUCAUCCUACCAGUUUGAAGGUGCAGCAGCAGAAGGUGGUAGAACACCAAGUAUAUGGGACACAUUUGCUCAUAGUUAUCCUGAAAAGAUCAAGGAUGGAAGCAAUGGAGAUAUAGCCAUUGAUACAUAUCACAAAUACAAGGAAGAUGUUCGUAUUAUGAAAGAUAUGAACUUGGAUUCAUAUAGAUUCUCCAUUUCAUGGUCUAGAAUAUUACCAAAUGGAAAGGUUAGUGGUGGUGUAAAUCAAGAAGGAAUCAACUAUUACAACAACCUUAUCAAUGAGCUACUAACAAAUGGUAUACAACCAUUAUUGACUCUUUUCCAUUGGGAUCUCCCUCAAACUUUGGAAGAGAAGUAUGGUGGUUUCUUAAGCCCUCUCAUAGUCAAAGAUUUCGAAGACUAUGCAGAACUUUGUUUCAAAGAAUUUGGUGAUAGAGUCAAAUAUUGGGUUACAUUAAAUGAACCAUGGAGCUACAGCCAACAUGGCUAUGCAAACGGGAGAAUGGCACCAGGUCGUUGCUCUAGUUGGUUAAAUCUAAAUUGUACUGGUGGUGAUUCUGCAACAGAACCUUAUAUUGUUACACACAACCAACUUCUUGCACAUGCUGCAGCCGUUGAUGUAUACAAGAAAAAGUAUCAGGAAUCUCAAAAUGGUGUAAUAGGCAUAACGAUGGUAGCUAAUUGGUAUCUUCCACUCUCAGAUUCUAAAUCUGACCAAAAAGCAGCAGAAAGAGCAAUUGAUUUCAUGUAUGGAUGGUUUAUGGAUCCACUAACAUCAGGUGAUUAUCCUAAAAGCAUGAGAUCUCUUGUUGGCUCUAGGUUGCCUAAAUUCAAUGUAAAACAAGCUAGACUACUCAUUGGUUCAUUUGAUUUUAUUGGUCUAAACUAUUACACUUCAACAUAUGCAUCUGAUGCACCUUUGUUAAACAAUGUUAGACCUAGCUACUUAACAGAUUAUUUGGUCAUUGAAUCAUUCGAGCGCAACGGGAAACCCAUUGGUAUUAAGAUUGCUUCAGAUUGGUUGUACGUUUGUCCAAGAGGAAUUCGUGACAUUUUAUUAUAUACCAAGAAAAAAUACAAUAAUCCUUCUAUUUACAUCACUGAAAAUGGUAUAAAUGAAUAUGAGGAUCCUAUAUUAUCGGUCGAGGAAUCACUCAUAGAUUCUUUUCGAAUUGAUUACCAUUAUCGUCAUCUUUUUUAUCUUCGAUCUGCCAUUAGGGAAGGUGCAAAUGUAAAGGGUUAUUAUGUGUGGUCUUUGUUUGACAAUUUUGAAUGGUCAUCGGGUUAUAGUGUAAGAUUUGGCAUGACCUUUGUGGAUUUUAAGAAUGACUUAAAAAGAUACCGGAAGUUGUCUGCAUUGUGGUUCAAGAAUUUUCUCAAAAAAGAAACUAAACUUAUGCUUCUAAGGAAAAAGGUGUUGAAACAAGUGUGUAAUGUGUAAGGAAAUUUGAGUGGAAACUUGAUGAAUUAUAAACACAAGUGUUGAAAUUAUUAAGGAUAAGUCAACUAUGGUUUAAUUAGGAGAAUAAUUGUGAUUAUGGCACAUCAUUGUAUAUAAUUAUUAGCUUACUGUCAGCAUGAGUUGUCUAUUAAAAAUCAAUAGCAAUCUCUUAUUUCUAGCAAUUUCUUUAUGUAUGUAUCAUUAGUAGUAUCAUUAGUGCUCAGGUUGUAUAUAAACAACACAAUUGUAAUGUAAUGAUAAUAAGACAAUAUAUAUAAUUUCCUCUCUUUUAUAUGGUAACAAGAGCCAUUAGUCUCACGACAAUUUUUAA